AGGGUGGACGUGAACAACGACAGAAAAAUCAGUGCCAAGGAGAUGCAGCGCUGGAUCAUGGAGAAAACAGAUGAGCACUUCCAGGAGGCCGUGCAUGAGAACAAAAUGCAUUUCAGAGCUGUGGAUCCCGAUGGGGACGGCCACGUGUCGUGGGACGAAUAUAAAAUCAAAUUCUUGGCCAGCAAAGGCUUCAAUGAGAAAGAAAUGGCAGAAAAAAUCAAAAACAACGAGGAGCUGAAAAUUGAUGAGGAAAGUGAGAUUUUAUACGCAUCUCACAAUGAAUUCCUGUUGCUGCGCUUCAUGGUCCGCGAGAUCGUCCGGGACCUGGACCAGGACGGGGACAAGAAGCUGACCCUGUCCGAGUUCAUCUCUCUGCCCGUGGGCACCGUGGAGAACCAGCAGGCUCAGGACAUCGAUGACGAUUGGGUGCGCGAGCGGCGCCGCGAGUUCCUGGAGGUCAUCGACGCCGACCGCGACGGCAUCGUCACCAUGGACGAGCUGCAGGUCAGACUGGGGGGCUGGAACCCUCAUUUCUGU